AUGGUGGCAAAUCUCGAAUUGGCGAUGAAACGUUUCGCCAUGUAUGGCGGCGAUGAAAAUCUAUCGGGCGUUGGAUACUUACUUGCGAUGCGAAAGUUUGUCGCCGAUUACGCCGAGUACAGAAGAUUCAGAAUUCAAAAAGCCGCUAAAAUGUCUGUCUCUGAAGUAACGCUGCUUUCAAAACAUGACGAAACAAGUGACAUCCAACGCCAGCUUGCCAUGGACAAGAUACGAACCGCUGCCCUCGGUGAAGCAAUUGCCUCUUACGAUCGAGAUCUGACUGCUCUGAUUAGAAAACUACAUCACUUGUAUGUGAUGUAUGUUUUGCGAAAUCCCAUUGAAAACAAGACCAAAAUGGCGAAAUUUCUCAAUUCAUUUGGAGAAAAGCGCUUCGAUGUCAGCCACAACCUGAGCGAACCUAAAAUCGAAGCGUUUCUUCAAUUUCGAAGAGCUCAAUACGAAAAGCUUUUGGGCGACAAUACAAAAAAUUUGUAUCAAAAACUGGCCAUUUUUCAAUCGAAAAAAUUGCCAGCCACUCAGCCCUCCUCCUCCUCCUCUACCGACACCGCCUCAUCCUCCUCCUCCUCCUCCUCUGACAUUGAAAAAGAUGAUCAAGAAGAACAAAGUUCGCCCCCUUCUUUGACGUCUUUAAAAUCACCUCAAGUUAACUCGCCUCCGGCGGCGGCGGCAUCUCCAAACUUUGCAAUCACUUUUGGUGAUUUUACAAGCCCGAUUUCUCCCCAAACAACGUCUCCAGCUGUUUUUGCGCCUCUUGUCCCGCCCGCAACUCAAGUUCAUCGAAACGACGAGGAUGAUGGCACUUCUACCCCAUGCCAAGACGAAGCCUCUUUUUAA